AUGUCUGAAAAAGUUGUACCGGUGCCAACCAAGGCUUGGGUUUCGCCAUCCUCCAGGUUGCUGGCGGUCCAGAAGCUCAAAGAUCUAGGAGUGACUGCUAAGAUUGAUUUGGUCGAGCUGGAUGUCACCAAUGACCAACAGAUCACUACAGUCAUCAACCAUGUUACCAACACUUAUGGUAGACUGGAUGUCUUGAUCAACAACGCCGGUAUCAUUCGUCUUCCAUCCAAAUAUGAUCUCUCAGCAGCCCGCAACACCUACAAUGAAAUCUUGAAUGUCAACAUUACUUCUGUUGCCCUUAUUACAACUGCCUGA